AUGGACUGGAAUGGAGAUAUCAAUGUCAACCUGCUAAUGGCAAAAUCAAAGGUUGCGCCGUUGGAGGAUCUUAGCAGGAGAAAAAAGAAGCAGUCAACACCUAGGUUGGAGUUAUCUGCAGCUCUACUGUUGGCGCAUCUCUAUGAGACCGUUUCGACGAGCAUGGCGAUUAAAGCAAAAUCUUUCUUCUGGACGGAUUCUACAAUAGUUAAAUGCUGGAUUUCCUCGCAUCCAUCGAGAUGGCAGGCAUUUGUGGCAAACCGUGUAUCGGAGAUACAACAUGUCACAAAAGGUGGAGUGUGGAACCAUGUCCCGGGAAUCGAGAACCCCGCUGAUAUAAUUUCGAGAGGGUCAACUCCAGCUCAAAUAGCGAACAAUUCUCUGUGGUGGGAUGGCCCAGAAUGGCUGAAGAAGGAUACUCAAUACUGGCCGGCAAGUACUCACGUUCCAGAGCAGCAGUUUGAUUCGGUGACCCUGGAGGAGAGACCACUAGUAUCGGCAGUUCUACAUAUUCUGCCUCCAAACGAGAUUUUUACGUUGCGAUCAAGUCUGCUAAGUCUCAUACGACUGACUGCUUGGAUGCGCCGUUUCUUGUUCAACUGUAAACCCCGGAACAAGUUCCAACGAAAGUCUGGAAUUUUAGCUGCCACUGAGCAUGAAGAAGCACUGCUCGUUUUGGUGCAACUUGCUCAAUCAGAGAGCUUUCCAUUGGAAUUGUCAGACCUUGCAUUGAAGAAUGAAGUCAGAUCCACCUCUAAGCUCCGAAGUCUCAAUCCUGUGAUGAUAGAGUGUAUACUUUGCGUUGGCGGCCGGCUCGGAAAUGCUCCAAUAUCGCGCAGGCGUAAACACCCGAUGAUCCUAGACAGCCGGCAUCCGCUUACGAAACUGGUCGUUAGCGAUUACCAUCACAGACUGCUCCACGCAGGGCCGCAGUUGAUGAUAUCCUGCAUCCGUGAAAGGUUUUGGCCAUUGAAUGUCAGAAAUCUAGCAAGGAAGGUAACGCAUGAAUGCGUGAAGUGUUUCAGAGUGAAACCACGAGUUAAUGAGCAACUCAUGGGAGAUUUGCCACUCGAGAGAGUUUCACCAGCUCCUGCCUUUCAAAGGGUAGGAAUUGAUUACUGUGGACCAUUUGAAUUACAGCCUUCUACGCGGAAAUGCGCUCCGACAAAAUGUUAUCUCUGCUUGUUUGUUUGCAUGGUUUGCAAGGCUGUCCACAUUGAAGUCGUAAUGGACCUCACGACCGCAGCAUUUCUCGCCGCUCUAAAAAGAUUCGUGGCCAGGCGUGGGAGGCCGAUAGAAAUAUUUUGCGAUAAUGCUUGUAAUUUUGUUGGAGCACGGAGACAGCUGAAUGAGCUGCAACGAAUGUUUCAUCAGCAACAGCUGCAAGAACAUCUGUCGGCGGAGGCCGCUCAAGACGGCAUAACCUUCAAAUUCAUUCCAGCUAAGUCCCCCAAUUUCGGCGGUUUAUGGGAGGCCGCAGUAAAAUCUUUGAAGGCUCAUAUGAAAAAGGUCAUUGGCAACAGGAUGUUAAAACCUGACGAGAUGAGUACCGUCGUAGCACAGAUAGAGGCAUGCCUUAAUUCGAGGCCCUUGACCCCACUCAGCAAUGAUCCGAAUGACCUGAAGCACUAA